CAACUCACACCCCCCCAGCCACUCACGGGUCCUCAGGAGUCCCUCUCUUUGUGGGGCUGGGCAUUUUGGGCUGCUGUUGGAGGGUCCUGAGACCCUCCAAUGAGCACACUGGGGGCGCAGUGUGAAUGCUCUGUAGUGGGGCCGUGCAGACGCCAUACUGGGCACACAGGGGACACCGUGCCAACUUGGGGGGGGCCCAACAGGCAUGCCUUGUGCCAGAUCCAUGAGGGCCCAGGGCUGGGGAUACUGGGGACCCCAUGCUGGAGAUGAUGGGACAUUGUCUCGGGACUGUGGGGACAUUUAUUGGUGACCCAUAGCAGCUGCUCCACUGGGAUCGUGGUGACACUGAGGACACACUAUUGACACAAGGACCUGCAGCAUGGACACUGUGCUGGGCUGUGGGGGCACUGUGACAGCCAUGGGGGACCCAAAAUGGCCACCCUGUAUUGGGCCCAUGAGGGGAUCCUGUACUGGGAAUGCUGGGGACCAUGUACUGGGUACACUGGGGAAUGUGUACUGGGAACACUGGGGGCUCUGUCCUGGGGUGUGGGGACACCAUGACAGCCAUCUGGGGAUUCAAAAUUGUCAUCCUAUACUGGGAUCAUGUAGGGAUCCUGUACCGGGCAUGCCGGGCCCCUGUACUGGGGACACUGGGGACACUGUGCUGGGCUGUGGGGACACUGUGACAGCCCAGGGGUGGACUCAAAAUGGUCACCCGGUGCUGGUACCGUGGGGACUCUCUGCCGGGGAUGCUGGGGACAGUGUACUGGGGACUCUGGAGACCCUGUUGCUGGCCCAUGGGACACUGUGGGGGGCCCCAACACGGCCACCCCACGGGGGACCUUGUGCUGGGGGCCGCGGUGGUGCCCAACUGGGACCAGGGGGAGCCUGUCCUGGGGACCCUGGGGUCACUGGGGCCCCUCAGCCCUGCCCGUCCCCGCUGUGGCCGCUCCCCCGGGCCCAGCCGGGGGGUACCGGGGGUCCCGGCGGUGACGUCACGGGCGCGUUGCCCGGUGACGCGGUGUGACGUCAGGCCGGCCGCCCCCCGGCAGCAAUGGCGGCGGCGCCCGCGCCGGCCAGGCCGCGCUGACAUGGACCUCAAGGGCCAGUACUGGACGGACGAUGACUCCGACGGGGACAAUGAGUCCGAGGAGUUCCUCUACGGCGUCCAGGGGACCUGCGCCGCUGACCUGUACCGGCACCCGCAGCUGGACGCCGACAUCGAGGCGGUGAAGGAGAUCUACAGCGAGAAUGCCGUGGCCGUCAGGGAGUACGGGACCAUCGAUGACGUGGACAUCGACCUGCACGUGAACAUCAGCUUCCUCGAUGAGGAGGUGGCGACGGCGUGGAAGGUGCUGCGGACGGAGCCCAUCGUCCUCCGCCUGCGCUUCUCCCUCUCCCAGUACCUCGAUGGCCCCGAACCGUCCAUCGAGGUGUUCCAGCCGUCCAACAAGGAGGGCUUCGGGCUGGGUCUGCAGCUGAAGAAGAUCCUGGGCAUGUUCACAUCCCAGCAAUGGAAACACCUCAGCAACGAUUUCCUGAAGACCCAGCAGGAGAAGCGGCACAGUUGGUUCAAGACGAGCGGCACCAUCAAGAAGUUCCGCGCUGGCCUCAGCAUCUUCUCCCCCAUCCCCAAGUCUCCCAGCUUCCCUGUUAUCCAAGACUCGGUGCUGAAGGGCAAACUGGGCAUCCCUGAGGCUCGCGUGAACCGCCUGAUGAACCGCUCCGUGUCCUGCAUGGUGAAGAACCCCAAGGUGGAAGUUUUCGGCUACCCCCCCGCCAGCACCCAGGCAGGUGUUGCCCCCUUCAACAUCCUGGUCGGUGGCCACUGCAAGAACAUCCCCACGCUGGAGUACGGCUUCCUCGUCCAGAUCAUGAAGUACGCGGAGCAGCGGAUCCCGACGCUCAACGAGUACUGUGUGGUGUGUGACGAGCAGCACGUCUUCCAGAAUGGCUCCAUGCUCAAGCCGGCCGUGUGCACGCGGGAGCUCUGCGUCUUCUCCUUCUACACCCUGGGCGUCAUGUCGGGCGCGGCUGAGGAGGUGGCCACGGGCGCCGAGGUGGUGGACCUGCUGGUGGCCAUGUGCCGCGCUGCCCUCGAGUCCCCUCGCAAGAGCAUCAUCUUCGAGCCUUAUCCCUCCGUGGUGGACCCCAACGACCCCAAAACUCUUGCCUUUAACCCCAAGAAAAAGAACUACGAGCGGCUGCAGAAGGCCCUGGACAGCGUGAUGUCCAUCCGGGAGAUGACCCAGGGAUCCUACCUGGAGAUCAAGAAGCAGAUGGACAAGCUGGACCCCCUGGCCCAUCCCCUCCUGCAGUGGAUAAUCUCCAGCAACAGAUCCCACAUUGUCAAGCUGCCUCUCAGCAGGCAGCUGAAGUUCAUGCACACCUCCCACCAGUUCCUCCUGCUCAGCAGCCCCCCGGCCAAGGAGGCGCGGUUCCGCACGGCCAAGAAACUCUACGGCAGCACCUUCGCUUUCCAUGGCUCUCACAUUGAGAACUGGCAUUCCAUCCUCCGCAACGGACUGGUCAACGCUUCCUACACCAAACUGCAGCUGCAUGGAGCAGCCUAUGGCAAGGGCAUCUAUCUGAGCCCCAUCUCCAGUAUUUCCUUUGGAUACUCAGGGAUGGGGAAAGGCCAGCACCGGAUGCCGUCGAAGGAUGAGCUGGUGCAGCGGUACAACAGGAUGAACACCAUCCCCCAGACCCGCUCCAUCCAGUCCCGCUUUCUCCAGAGCCGCAACCUGAACUGCAUCGCGCUGUGCGAAGUGAUCACCUCCAAGGACCUGCAGAAACACGGCAACAUCUGGGUGUGCCCUGUCUCGGACCACGUCUGCACCCGCUUCUUCUUUGUGUACGAAGAUGGCCAAGUGGGAGAUGCCAAUAUCAAUACUCAGGACCCCAAAAUCCAGAAGGAGAUCAUGCGUGUGAUCGGGACUCAGGUGUACACAAACUGAGCGGUGGCAGUGGUGGGACCCCCGGGACUCCCCGGGCACUGAGUGGAGCCCCCCAGGCGAGGCCAGGGAAGGCCGAGUGGGAUUUGAGCCCCCCGGGCAGGGCAGAGCCGGGGCCAGUGCCGUGGCUCCACCUGUACAU